UCGCUGCUUUUCAGUACGUGACGGACGCGCGCGCAUCGCGACACGACUCGGACGCGGGACUCAGCCGCCGCCGCCAGAACACGUCAAAACAAACAAUAUUGUGAUUCCAGAGCCGGUUAGUUCUCCCUACAUGCGUGUGUUGCAACACUUCCGUUUCCAUUGUCGACGACGACGGAACUGCAAUGGCAGUCCGGAUGGCUACGAAACAGUAUUUUACCACCAACAGCAAUAGUAAUAAUAUCAUCGUCGUCGUCCUGUACUUUACCAUUCUUGUCUUGAAUUCAGGCGAUGCAGGAACGUUGAACGAAAACUACGGAAGAUACAUAGGAUCCUUUAAAGGUCUUGCUCAUGGGGUCCGCGGGACCGUGUACGCAGUAGACGAAAACACGCUGUACGUCCGAGGAUUUUUCUAUGAUGGUAUUGGUCCGACUGCAUAUUUUUGGGCCGGUAAAUCAUCAAGAAUAUCUCCGGACGGAUUUACCAUUCCGUAUCCCGAGGACUAUCCGGCAAUGGAACCGCCCCCGCUACAGACGCACAACAAUUCCAACAUCAUACUGCGGUUGCCGGCUGGGAAACGCAUCAAAGACAUCAAAUGGCUGUCGGUCUGGUGCAGGCGGUUUACGGUGAACUUCGGCGAAGUGUUCAUACCCUCGACUUUGGAUCCGCCCAAACCGCGGAUACUGCCGGAGUUCAAACGUUUCGCGCACGGCCUGCGCUCGGGCAACAUCAGCAUCCUGGACGCGCGGACGUUCUACAUACCGAACUUGCACUACGACGGUCUGGGCCCGGACGCGUAUUUUUUCGUCGGAAACGGUUCGGAGCCGUCGCCGUACGGCGUCAAAGUACCAAAUGAAGUCGGCAGCUUGGAACCGUUGAAGGGCUACCAGGGGGAAGACAUAGAAAUCCAAUUACCCAGAAGCCUGACGAUGCACUCGAUCGAUUGGCUGGCCGUGUGGUGCGUGCAGUACACGCACAAUUUCGGACACGUUAACAUCCCGGACGACUUGGACGUGCCGCCGGCUCUGGGCCAGACCAAGCUCACCCCGUCGUGGUGGUACAAUCCGACAAGUAGCACCACUUCAGACCCUGAAGGACAUUGGGAGAUGAGUAACUGUCGCGAUCUGUUACCCGGGAAACUGCAAGUGCACUGGGAGGUACAAGGCGAUUGGGUUCAAGUACAGCUGACCGGGAAAAUACGUGAGGACCAAUACAUGGCGUUCGGUCUCAGUGGUAAUCAAAAGAGCGUGACGAUGCUGGGCGGCGACGUGGCGGUGACGUUCUACGACCGGGCGAGGAACUCGUUCCACGCGGAGGACUAUUACAUGUCGGCGACGACCGGUUGCGACGGCAAGAACGGCGUGUGCCCGGACGAGAGGUUGGGCGGCCGCAACGACGCGGUCCUGGUGACGGGGACCCGGCGCAACGGCGUCACGUGCGUGGUGUACCGGCGCCCGGUGCAGACCAACGAGGCCGUCAACGAUCAGCCGGUGCCCGUGGACGUGGACGCGCUGGUCAUAGCGGCCGUCGGUCCGCUGGCCGGUUCGGACCAGCCCGGCGCCCACGCCGUCCAGGACAUGACCACAGAUGAAAUACGAAUAACGUUCAGCUCCAGAGACGAUCACACGUGUUCCACGUCGCUGUUCAACUUGGACGACGACAUGGAACUGUCCGCAUGGCCCCCCAACAUCAUCAUCGGCGAGAACAAGUUCACGGCCAGGCUAGGACCGUCGGGUGGAGUCCGGGGCUACAUGUCAAUCACGGGUUACCCCACCGGCGACGUUGUCUGGUACAUCAACGAUAAACUCAUACCAGAAAUCUACGUGGAAAGGAAACAGACGUACACGUUCUACGUCGAAGGAGGAAACGAACCGAGCAAAGCGGAACACUAUCAUCCGUUUUACAUCACCGACAGCGCCGAAGGAGGAUUCGGUCAGAAAGACGACGCGGAGCAGAGAAAACAACGAGUGUUUGCCGGCAUCGUCUACGACUCGGACGGUUAUCCGUUCCCCACGACGGCCGGUCGUUUUUGCGAGUGGAAAUUCAAGUCGUACGAUCGUUCGGCAGAAAUGGAAACCUUUCAAGCGUUUUUCGACUCUUUGAAAUUGUCGUGCGAAGAAGGCAACCCGGACAUACUGAACUGGACGGUCGCCGAGGAGACACCGGACCUGGUCUACUAUCAGAGCUAUUCGCAAACCAACGUGGGAUGGAAAAUCCACGUGGUCGAUCCCGGAUACAAGUGGAACGACGACAAGAACGCCGCGACCCGUAAUCCGCGAUUCGUCGAUCUGCUGCUGUUAACGUGCGCGGUAUCGAUUAUUGUUGUCGAGCGGUUUUUCACGAUUAGUUUACUGUGAUGUACACAAUCCGGUAAAACAGAAACAUCCAAAGCAAAACAAAAAAAUUAAAAAAACAAAAAAACUGCUCUUCGCGCAAACAGCUUUAGACGUCCGUCCGUCGUUUUACGAUCCGCGGACGACGAGGACGAGGGACAUAAAAAAAAAAAAAAAAAAACACCAUUAUAUCGUUUUCUUCUCGUUAUCUCUUUCUAAUUGUCUACGCCCUUUCGACGAAAACGCCCACGUAAUACUUUUCCGGAAGCCACCGUGUCGGUCAAAUUAUAUUACUAUCGCUGUGGCUCGGAGUUAAUUAUAAUACUGGACCUUAAACAGACAUCGAAUUAAAGACGUUGAACGCGCAAACAAACCAACAAAAAUAUUUAUUUUUAUUUUUUUUUAAAUAAAACGGUAAACCGUGUACGAAUCCGUUCGAUACUAUCGAAAACAAACGUUGCGUGUUAUCAGCAAUCGAGAAAUACGCAAAUCUUAAUUCCCAUAUUGACCUAUUCGCAAUCGUUAAGAUCGAUUUUUCCACAGUUCGGAUCCCAUGAACCGGUCAACAGAAGCGUUGACAGUUCGUAUCGUCAGUUGGCGAGCUCCUCGAUUUGAAUCAAAUUAAAAUAUCUCAUCCCCUCACCCCUCGUCCUCGGUUCCGAUGGAUCGCACGGUGCAUUAUUAUCGUGAUUAUAAUAAUGUGCACGCCAAAGCGACGGACUCGUCGAACAGCGUUUCGGCGAAUGUUUAAUUGAUAUUUUGACACGGGCGUUUCCAACGGUUGUGCGAUUGUUGUUAUAACACAGUCCGUCGUCUACGCGUUUCGUUCCGAACGUGAGCGCGGCUUGGUACUCGCCUUCGUGUCGACAACAACGCCAGCAACACUUGUCGUUCGGAUCGGUUUUUGUGUUCUCGAAAAUAUUAUUUUAUCUUUUUUUUUUUUUUUUUAAACCCCCUGCUUUGUUGCACCUGGAUUCGUAGUUCAAUCUGCGGACCAUGGUAUUUACCGUACUCGUCCCGUUUCAAGUUCGGAAUGCGGGCGCGUUAAACAUUUCGUCGGGUUGACUCUAAUCUGGGUCCCGACUAGACGCUUAUAUUUUGGCUCCGAACGGUCACAUUUUUCAAGAAACCAUUCCGCUCCCCGUAUUAGGAAACGUUCCGAACGCGGUUGGAUGUACGGCGGUAUUUAUUGAACUUCACAAAAAAAAAAAAAAAAAAAAAAAAAAACAACAAAAUAAACGAAUAAACACAUGUCGAUGAUUUCUUUCAAAACGCUAUCGUACCCCGGAACGAGACCCAGUACGUACCGGUAUAUUUUUCGAAAAAAAACACUAUAACGUUGGCUGAGAAAACGAGUGUUGUCGGUCGUCGUGGAACGGAAUACCUAUCCCGUUAGGAGUGAUCGUAUCGCGUAACGUUACAAUAACGCAGGUGUUACCGAUUUUGUAAACGAACGUCGCGAACGAUAUUUCGAACACCACUCUAGGUAUCAUCCGUAAAAGAAUUAAAUACGAAUAUUGCUAAUACUACGUACGAAUGCACGACGGAAUAAAAGUGACGAGAUGAAUUUAUAACGGUUGUAAUAGUAUAAUAUAUAGUGUUGUACGACAGCCACUAAAGCAGCGGAACAUCAUACUAUUCAUUCGGAGCCGCCGAACAACGAUAAACGAUUGCGAGUUCCGUGCGUACUCUCGGAGUAAUCCGCUUAAUUCGGGCACGACGUAUGAAUCGAGACGAAGAAUCCCAAUAGAGCUGAAUAAGGAUUGUUCUUCGUUUAACGUUUCGAACAGUAAUUCCCGGUAGUUUGUUCGAACAAGACAAUGCUCUAGACAAAACUGCGGUAACACCUGUGCACAGCAAAUAUACGCCGUAAUAGUCAUAAUACAUAUUAGAACAAUGGUUUUCGACCUUUUCCGGAUCGCGACCCAUCAUUUUUUAUUUUUUUUUUUUUUUUUUAAACGCUACCCCUUCAGCAAAAAAAAAAAAAAAAAAAAAAAAUAAUGUUGUUUUGUCCAUCGACAUUUGAUUUAAUUACCGAAAAAAUAUUUACAUGGUGUAGGAUUUCGAUCGAUUUACGCUUAAAGAUUUACCAUAAUGAUAAAUAAUCAACUAGAUUUCGUUUUUAAACAAUGUGGGAAGAUCGUUUCGUCCAUUAUUUUUGGCGAGCCCCGGGUUGAAAACCGUUGUGCUCGACCGACAACUGCGAUCGCCCAUAGUGCUCGGGCUCGGAUCGAGGAAAAACCCAAAGGUUUGGAAAACAAUGAAAACGUGGUGGUGGGGGGGGGGGACCGAAAACCCUCGUGGCGCGUCGGGAUCGGGGGUUUUUUUUUUUUUGUUUUCGUUUACAUCGUCCGAGCGUCGGAGGGUACCAGGCGCGCGAUCGCACGCGUUCGAACCAACGCGUCAGCCAGCACGAGACAACAUCGCCCUCGGAACGGGAACGCCGACGGUCGGCCAACAUUAAGAAUAUCGAGCAAAACAAAACAUAUCAUUUGUAAAUACGUUUUCAAACGUACGUGUGUGCACAUAGUAAACUGAUAAACGAUAGUGUUGUAAGUGAACCUCAGCUUUGUACAGACCGCAACAGUCGUCGAGACGUUCGAGCGCGCGCAGCAGCAGCAGCAGUAAACACGUAAAGUACGCAAGGCGUAUCCGUGUCGUCGCGCCGCGACCUCACCCUUUACCCGCCGCCCGCUACACCCCCUACCCCCGAUUGAAUACGAUAUUCGACCACAUCGAUCCGUAACGGCGUAGCGAACACGGUUAUCGGGCGUUCGUCCUACCGCCGUGUCGGUUCGGUCGUAUAGUCGAUUUUCGAAUUCGUUAAACUCUGCCGAUCAUCGAACGACCUUUUUUUUUUUCAUUUUCGCUUUCCCUGAUACGGCCCUCCGGUCACUUCGAGUUGCCCGUCCCCGACCUGGACGUGAAAACCGGUUCGCUGAGCGAUACGUACGGCGGACCACCGGUUCAAACCGUUCGCGGACCGCUCGGUACAGUCGAACCGAGUCGUUCGCGGUGCGAUCGUCCCUCGAACGGCGGACGGCGCGCGAACAAGAGCGCACCAGCGGUGGUCUCCUGUUCCCUUUUCGGUCCGAUCACGCACAUUCGAGCAACACUGUGUUCCCGGCGAACGUUUAAUUUUGUUUUUAAUUGAUUUCAUUUUUUCUCCCGAAAACCCGCCGUGCGGUUCGAUCGAUUUUCGUCCCAUUCGGGUGUAGGUCUCCGUGAAACGCGUGCGGCUCGCGAGAAAAUAUUCGUCCCGUACAUUUUCUCCCGUCGGUCCUACGUCGAACAGUAUUGCUCAAACGGAACGUGUAACAAACAUGACGUGCACGACGGGGAUAAGAAUGGUUUUCGCCGUCAACAUCAAUUAUCCGACUUUUCCCGUGCGGCGGACGUACGUGCACCGGAAAUACGCGUUCGAACCGAAUGUCGAUAACACGAUGACAAUAAUAUUUUCUAGUUUUUAGUCGAUUAAAUUUAAGGCGAAUACGCAUAACUAAUACGCAUCAAAUGAACUAUUGACAAUAAACUAUACGUUCUAAGUGAUUAUAAUUAUUAUUAUUAUUAAUAUUGUUACGUUGAAAAUUAUUUUUUUUUUUUUUUUUACUAAUAUUUAUUAAUUGUUUAAGUAUUUAAAAUAUUGGUGCGUAAUAACAUCGCGGAUUAUAAUACACGUUCGUAAUAUAAUCUUCGGUUUAACAUCACGUACACCCAAACGACGUAACGUCGCAUUAGUACCUACGUCCGUACUACACAUUAUUAUUGUUUUUAUCAUAUUUACAUUACAAACGAAUGUUACAUCUCUCUCUCUCGUCGAAUCGAACGUUUCGCUACACACGUUUAUUGUUAUUACACGUCGUAGAGCGUACGGGUUUUUUUUUUUUUUUUUUUAUUCUUCGCAAAUCGUUGAGAACACAAUAUCGUUCAUCUUAGUCCGUCCAUUCUUUUGCCGUCGAUCAUUAACAGUUCGAUGCGUGUCGUGAUCUAGUCAUCCGUCAAGAAAUCGUAUACGUAGUGCUGCGGUUUUCGUGUAUACGACCGAAAAAUUAUGAACAUUUCUCAUUUCUCCGUCGAAACAUAAAUUUACAUAAGAAAAUUAAAAAAUCUAGUAAAACCGUAUCUGAAAUUUAAUAUAAAUUUAAAUCGGUACACCACGUCGCUUUGGCGCACGGCUGUUUCAUAUUGUUUUUUUUUUUCCAACGAACCGCCACCGACGUACCGAACGAUUCGCUCACAUUGUGCAUUUUUUUCGUCGAUACGCAAUUUAUACAAAUAUCAUGUGGGCGUGUACUUUAUUUACAUAACAGCGAUUUCACCGAACGUCUAACUACGAAGCGCGCUUUUAAAUAUCCAUAAUAACAGUGUUAUAAAGUGUUAUAAAUACCGGGUCGACAGUAGUGUUUCAGUAUAGUAUUACGCGGUUAAUCGAAAAUUUAGAUCCAUUAGAAAAAAAAAAAAAAAAAUUUAAAAAAAACCGUAUUGCUGUGUUGUGCACGGCAAAAAACUAUUACAUACCGUAACCGCUAGUUGUUGGGAUUAAAAAAAGAACGGCGAUUCAAACCUGUACGAGAUAAUAUUAAUACAUCAACAACCGCAAAAGCAUUCAGGACGUUUCCUGUGAUUUCACUUCGCGCGGAAACAUUCGUUUUCGACGAGACAGAGAGAAAAUGUUAAUCAUUACAAUAUGAUGUGUUCUAAGUUUUUAACCUCAGUUUUAAAUACACUGUACCGUAAUGUUAUAAAAAUAUUUUAUUAAAUCUAUAUAUAUAUAUAUAUGUAUUAAGCAAGUUAAAUAAUUAUUGACGGUACCGGGAAAAACGUUGUAACAUUGCACGCAAUUGUGUUUAUCCGCGUGAUAGUGGAUUGAAACUAUUCGGCCAAACAACGAAAAUCGAGCACAAAAUAAUACAUAAUAAGUAUUAAAAUAAUAUCAAAAUAAUAUAUAAUAACAAUGUUAAUUACAGCUGUCCGACAGCAAUACCGAGUUUCCCCAUCGAAUCAAUCGUACCACACGUUGCGUAGGUGCAAUGGGAUAAGCCGAUUUCCCGCGUACCUAAAAUGUAAAUGUAUUCAUACAAACAGUUUAUGUUUUAUAUAUUUGUGUACAAUAUAACUCUCGUACGUGUACUAUUUUAUAAGGAACAAAUCUGUGUUUUCGGUGACAAUAACUUUCACAUUUAUUAUUGAACGUAUUUUUAUUGUUAUUCCUUAGUAUUAUAAUUAACGGCCACGAGUCGUCAUUUUGAAUUUUAUGUAAACCUCGACAAUAAUUUUUUCUAGACGAAUAAGUAAACGUUACAUUUUUAGGUUAACUUUUAAUAUUACGAUAAUAUAAAAUUUAUUUGUAAAUGUUUAAAUCGCUUAAGACUUUAUUUUUAACUAAAAUGUACGGAUUCGUACGGUUACGUUUAGUAAUUUAUAUUUGUAUAAGAUAAUGUGUAUCAAGUGAAACGCGUAAGAAAUGUUUUAUAAAUACGGUGGAAUCUGCGAAUUGACGAAUACUGUACCUAUACGUCAUUAUUUGUAUCUUCGCGCAUUUGUCUAAAAAAAAGAAAGAAAAAAAAAUGAAAGAAAUCGGUUGACACCGCGUAAAGUAAUUUAGAUUUUAUAAAUGUGUUGAUGUUACCUUUAUACGCUAUCUAACACGUGACAAUAAUAAUAUUAGUUUAAUUUGUAUAUUUAAUAUGAGUAGCAAAUUAUUUUAUGACAAACUUAUAUACGCCUAAACGUAAAUUAUAGAUUAUACUAUUCUUCAUUUCGAUUGCGAAACGUGUAGCUUGUUCAAAUAGAAGUAUUAUUGUACUGUUAAUUAUUGUUUUCUUCGUUUCGUAAAUCGAUUUCGUCCUCGAACAUUGAUUAUUAUAUUUUGUCCGCGUAUCUGUUACAAUAAGUGCGCUACGGCAUUGUUCUCCGAUAAAUCGAAACUUUUCGAACACCUUCCUUAAAAGUGUGCGGUGAACUGUGUAAACGUAUGACUGGAUUUAAAAAAAAUUAAAAAUGUAUAACA